UAACUUUGUUCUAAUUCUAGCAGUUUGGUUUAAAAAAUGGAAUAAAUUAAUCAAGAAAUUGAAAUAGAAUCUGUCCAAAAUUAGUUGGGAAGUUUUUUAUAAAGAUACUUGACUAUAACUACUUUAAAAGAAUAGCUUUAAAUUCCCUAUCAGUCCUCUUAUAGUACCUAAUUUCCUUCAAGCUCACAUUAAAUUGAUUCAGAUUUAGAUGAAAAUUCUUUGUAGGAUCUAGAAAUAUUUAACUUUUAGUCAAUCAAAACUUAAAACUAUUUUAUAAAUUAUAUUAACCAUAUAGAUAGCUCAAAGGUUUUAAUAGAAUUAAGUCACUAGCCUUACUCAUAUACGCUCUUUCAAACAGUAUUUUAGUUGAUUAAUAAUAACAAAUUUAUUUAAAAGGUGCAUUUGAAAUUUCAUUACCAAAUGGAAACAUAAGAAAUAAGUUUAUUGAAUGAUAUUAUGAGAAAGCCCGGUUUAAUUGAAUUUAAAUUAACUUUAGAAAACAAUAAAAUAGUGACAAAAAUCUUCACUGUAAUAAGCGAGAUUUUGAAAGAAAGUGAAACACUAAAAUCUUUUUCACUUGAAAUAUUAAAUUAUCCAAUAAAAUCAAAUGACACUGAAAUCUUAAGUUAAGGGAUAAGUGCAAAUAAAUCUCUUAAAGAAAUAGAAAUAGUAAGCUACUUUUUGAUCCACGAGUAUAAUCUUAUAAUAGACGCAAUAAGUAAUUUGGAAUAGCUAGAAAUUGUUAAACUAGAUUUAACUUAUUCAACUGAUUAUAUCUCUGAUUCAAUUGAGCAAAUAGGUUUGUAAAUUGCUAGCAAAUUAAAAAACUUAAAAGAAAUUUAUGUUUAGUUUAAGCAUUUUAGAAUCAUAGAUAAUAAUGCUAUUGUAAAGCUUCUAGAGUGUAUAUACUCAAAUCAAUCCAUAACAACUAUCAGCAUUUUAUUCCCCUUUACUUCGUUAGACAUAGAAGAUUUCAAUCCUUUUAAUUAAGUGGCAAAAAGAAAGUAGCCUAUAAAUUUACAUUUAGAUAUUAGGAUAGCCUCUAAUUCUGCAAUGGAUUAUUUACUUUAAAUUUUUAGAUUGAAUACCUUUAAAAUAUUAGAUAUAAAGAAUUUCAAAAAUAUUCAUGCAAGACUUAGCAGAUUAUUGAACUCAUAAAUCAUGUAUGAUGAAUAAAUAGAGCAACUCAAUUUGUAGUGUUCAUAUAAUGAUCUAAUCCAGAUUGAUGAGGGUCUCUCAUUUAACAAUUAAUUACACAGUGUUUCUUUAAUAAUAAAGUUUGACAUCAUUGAUUUUGUUAAACUUAAAGAAAUAGGAAAUUUUUUGUAAAAGAUACCAAAACUAAGCUAUUUAAACUUAGUGUUUAGUGAUUGCAAAUACGAUGUAAAGCAUCUAACAAACUUGAUAGUGAAUAAACUGUAGAGCAAAUCAAAUAUGGUUUAUAUGAGAUUAACACUCUUUAAAUAUUCUUCAAAGUAAGACUAACUUAUUCAAUUUUUCGAAGAUAAUUUGAAUUCUAGAGUAAUCUUAGACGUUAACCCUCAUAAUUAUACUAUUCAAGAUCCAUAUCUUCAUAUAAUAAACAUAACUGCAAGAGAAUAGCUUGUUAUAAUUUCUAAAAUAUUUUAUUUCAAUAAAAAUAUUGCUCCUCUACUCCACUAUAAUCCUUAAUUUAUCUUCUCUGAUUUAUAUUUAGAUUGAAGUAAUCAGUCAAUAAAAUAUUAUUUCAUUUAAAUGUUAAGCGU